CUGCAUCCUUGGCAUCUACAAGCCUGUCCCGGGUCUGCCCGCGGUGCCCUGGGGUGGUGGGCACAUGAUCUUGGCUUUCUCAUGGCUCCCUUUCCCUUCUCAGCUCUGCCUUGGCCCCAGAGGAGGAGGCGGGCAUGGCGCCCAUGCUCCAGACCGCGGGGACCCCCCUGGAAUCAAUGACGUUCAGAGAUGUGGCCGUGACCUUCAGUCCGGAGGAGUGGGGGCAACUGGGGCCCUCUCAGAAGGAGCUGUACCGCCAAGUGAUGCUGGAGAACUAUGGGAACCUGGUGUGCCUGGGACUUGUCCUUUCCAAGCCUGACGUGAUCGAGCAGCUGGAGCGAAGCGAAGCCCCUUGGAGUCCAGAGGCAGCCGUCCCAGGAAGCAGCCAUGCAGGUCAGAAGCCUAGGGCUGAAGCCAAAGAGUCAUCUCCACAGUGGGGCUUUUGUAUGGAAGAAACAUUUCAGAAAACACUCACCAGAGAUAGUCUCUCUGUCUCAAGCUUGGGAGAAAUCUGGGGAAAUGGUGCUAGAUUAAAGAGACAGCAGCAAGAUAAAAAGCAACGUACCAGACAAAAAACCAUCACUCAAAGGAAACCUUCCAGUGAAGGAAGAAUCCAUAAAUAUAAUAAAUGUGGCAAAAGCACCAGUCCACGGCCAGGCCUUUUUCCACAACAAAGAGAACCUCAUAAAAAGGAUUUCAGGCAACACUCAGCCCUAAAGAAAGGUAACAGAAUAUGCUCAAAGAAAAUAUUUUCUAAAUUUAAAGAAUAUGGAGACUCCUCCAGCAAUAAUUCAGACCUUAUGGAAAAUCAUAGAAUAUAUAAUGGAGAAAAAACUUCUGUGUGUAAUGAAUAUGGGAAGGGCUUCUUUCAAAGGAUGUGUCUUAUUCAGCAUAAAGGAAGUAAUACUGGAGAGAGACCUUUGGAGUGUAAUCAGUGUGGGAAGCCUUUUCACCAAAGUGGACGUCUUAUUCAACAUCAGUCAAUUCAUACAGGAGAAAAACCUUAUGAAUGUAAUGAAUGUUUUAAAGUUUUUCUCUUGAGCUCAGGACUUACCGAACAUCAGAAAAUUCAGACUGGAGAGAAACCUUAUGAGUGUAAUGAAUGUGGGAAGGCUUUCCGUCAUAGUUCACAUUUCAUUCAGCAUCAGAGAAUUCAUACUGGAGAGAAACCUUAUGAAUGUAAUGAAUGUGGAAAAGCCUUCCGCUACAGCUCAUAUCUUACUCGACAUCAGAUGAUUCAUACUGGAAAGAAACCUUAUCAGUGUUAUGAAUGUGGAAAGGCCUUUCGAGACAGCUCACAGCUUACUAAACAUCAGAGAAUUCAUACUGGAGAGAAACCCUAUAAAUGUAAUGAAUGUGGGAAGGCCUUCUGCCAUAGUACACAACUUAUUGCACAUCAGACAAUUCAUACUGGAGAGAAGCCUUAUCAAUGUAAUGAAUGUGGUAAGGCUUUCCGCCAGACUUCACAACUUACAGCUCAUCAGAGAAUUCACACUGGAGAGAAACCUUAUCAGUGUAAUGAGUGUGGGAAGGCCUUCCGCCUGAGCACAGGCCUUAGUGAACAUCAGCGGAUUCACACUGGAGAAAAACCUUAUAAAUGUAAUGAAUGUGGGAAGGCCUUCCGCUUGGGCACAAGCCUUAGUGAGCACCAGAGAGUUCACACUGGAGAAAAACCUUAUGAAUGUAGAGAAUGUGGAAAGGCCUUCUGCCAUAGCUCACAACUUACUCUACACCAGAGAAUUCACACUGGAGAAAAACCUUAUGAAUGUAGUGAAUGUGGAAAGGCCUUCCGUCAAAGCACACAACUUACUGUACAUCAGAAAAUUCAUACUGGAGAGAAACCUUAUAAGUGUAAUGAAUGUGGGAAGACUUUUCGCUUGAAUACACAACUUACUGCACAUCAGACAAUUCAUAGUGGAGAGAAGCCUCAUAAAUGUAACGAAUGUGGAAAAGCCUUCCGGCGGAGCACAGGACUUAGUGAACAUCAGAGAAUCCAUACUGGAGAAAAGCCUUAUAGAUGUAACGAAUGUGGGAAGGCCUUCCGACUAGGCACAAAACUUAGUGAACAUCAGAGAAUUCACACUGGAGAAAAGCCUUAUGAAUGUAAUGAAUGUGGGAAGGCAUUUAGGCAGAGCAUACAACUUACUCUGCAUCAGAGAAUUCAUACUGGGGAAAAACCUUACGAAUGUAGUGAAUGCAGAAAGACCUUCCGUCAGAGCACACAACUUACAGUACAUCAGAAAAUUCAUACUGGAGAGAAGCCUUAUGAGUGUAAUGAAUGUGGGAAGACUUUUCGCCUGAGUACACAACUUACUGUACACCAGACAAUUCAUAGUGGAGAGAAACCUUAUACGUGUAGUGAAUGUGGCAAGGCCUUCCUCCACAGUUCAUACCUUACUCGACAUCAGAUGAUUCACACUAGAAAGAAACCUUAUCAAUGCAAUGAAUGCGGGAAGGCCUUCAGGCAGACCAUACAACUUACUCGACAUCGUCAAGUUCAUACUGGAGAGAAACCUUAUGAAUGUAGUGAAUGUGAGAAGGCCUUCUGCCAGAGUUCACAGCUUACGCGCCAUCAGAGAAUUCACACUGGAGAGAAACCUUAUGAAUGUAAUGAGUGUGGGAAGGCCUUCUAUCAGCAAGGACACCUUAUUCAACAUCAGUCAAUUCACACUGGAGAAAAACCUUUUAAAUGUAAUGAAUGCUCUAAAGUCUUUCGCCUGAGUACAGGGCUUGUUGAACAUCAGAAAAUUCAUACUGGAGAGAAACCUUAUAAAUGUAACGAAUGUGGGAAAGCCUUCCGCCAUGGAUCACAUCUCACUCAACAUCAGAGAAUUCACACCGGAGAAAAACCUUAUGAAUGUAAUGAAUGUGGAAAGACUUUCCGCCAUAGUUCACACCUUACUCAACAUCAGAGAAUUCAUACUGGAGAUAGACCUUAUAAAUGUAAAGAAUGUGGAAAAGCCUUCCGCCAUGGUUCACAGCUUACUCAACAUCAAAGAAUCCAUACUGGAGAGAAACCUUAUGAAUGUAAAGUAUGUGGAAAGGCAUUCAGACAAAGUACACAACUUACUGCACAUCAGACAAUUCACACUGGAGAGAAACCUUAUGAAUGUAAUGAAUGCGGGAAGGUCUUCCGCCAGAGUAUACAACUUACUACACACCAGAGAAUUCAUACAGGAGAAAAACCUUAUGAGUGUGAUGAGUGUGGGAAGUCCUUCCGUUUGGGCACAAGCCUUAGUGAACAUCAGAGAAUUCAUACUGGAGAGAAACCCUAUAAAUGUAAUGAAUGUGGCAAGGCCUUCCGCCUAGGCACAAGACUCAGUGAACAUCAGAGGAUUCACACUGGAGAGAAACCAUAUGAAUGUUCUGGGUGUGGAAAGGCCUUUGGCCAUAGCUCACAACUUACUCUACAUCAGAGGAUUCACACUGGAGAGAAACCUUAUGAAUGUAAGGAAUGUGGCAAGUCCUUCAGGCAGAGUAUACAACUGACCCUGCACCAGAGGAUUCAUACUGGAGAGAAACCUUAUGAGUGUAAUGAAUGUGGGAAGACCUUCCGACAGAGCACGCAACUCACUGUACAUCAGAAAAUUCAUAGUGGAGAGAAACCUUAUAGAUGCGAUGAAUGUGGGAAGGCCUUCCGCCAGAACACACAACUCACUGUACAUCAGACGAUUCACAGUGGAGAGAAACCCUAUAAAUGCUUGGAAUGUGGCAAGUUCUUCCGCCUGAGCACAGGACUUAGUGAACAUCAGAGAAUUCACACCGGAGAAAAACCUUACAACUGUAAUGAAUGUGGAAAGACCUUCCGCCAUAGUUCACACCUUACUCGCCAUCAGAUGAUACAUACUGGGAAAAAGCCUUUUGAAUGUAGUGAAUGUGGGAAGUCUUUCCCCCAAAGUGCACAACUUAACCGGCAUGAGAGAAUCCAUACUAGAGAGAAGCCCUAUCAAUGUUUUGAAUGUGAGAAGGCCUUCCGCCAGUGCUCACAGCUGACUCGACAUAAUAAAAUUCAUGCUAGAGAUAAACCCAAUGACUCUAACAAAUGUGGGGAGGCUUCCAAAGAGCCCAGAGCUCUCAAUAGAAAUCAAAACCUGCAUCCUUGAGAGAAACUUUGAGUGUAAUGAAUGUAAGAAGAGUAGGCAGCUGGUUGGAACUAUCAGCUAGGUAGCACAGUGAAUAGACCCCUGGACCUGGCACCAGGAAAAACUGAGUUCCACUCUGGCCUCAGAACCUUCCCAGCUACCUGACACUGGGCAAGUCACUAUUUAAUCUCCGUCAGCCUCAACUGUCUCAUCUGUAAAUGAGAAUGGUACCACCACUCACCUCUCAGUAUUCUUCCUAUUAUGCCAAACUGAAUUCAGCCAGAGCCACUUGGGAGAAUUUACUUAAGUGAAAGCCCUACAGAUGAGGCAUUUCCCUGUCUAGUUUCCCCAAGGGGGUUGUUCUAACCCAUUUCCCCAGCUCUCCAGUUCCCAGCAACCUCCCUCCCUCACACGGCAGGCGAUUCAGACUUUUGCAGCCUGACAUUCUCUGAGGCUUCCCAAAUGCCCAGCCCUCCUCCUCUACGCCUGCCUUCAGGAGACCACCAAGCAUCCCCCUUCCUCACUUCGCCCCAUUGUGAGAAGAGCCUGGGGACUGAAGGCUUCCUUGAUGCAGCUCUGAAAACAGUGACUUUGUAAUUCCUUCACCCCAUUCCUCUCAAAUCUAGAAGAUGCACUACUCCCCUCCCUAAAUCUGAGGUGUUUCUCUGCUUUCCCCUCUACCACCAGACCACAACGAGUCUCUUUCCUCACUCCAGCCAUGAGUCUAACCAUAACCUCCCAGGUGGUGCGGCCUCACCUACUCGACCCAGCUCCUGUUUGUGUGACCUGGCCAGUCUCUGUCUCCCAUCUCUUUAGGAUUAUGGAUCCCUAGAAUGUUAUCAAAAGCAAAGCUUCCUCUCCAAAAAUGUUCUUUACCACAUUAUUUAUAGUCAAAAAUAAGCUAGGAUCACCCAGAGAGAGCAGAGAUCUUGGGACAGAGGCCUGUGGUACAUAGUGGCUAGUGUUUCUGUAGCACUGUGAAGGUUUACAAAGCACUUUACAAAUGUAAUCUCACUGGAAGCUCAGAACAGCUGUUAGGCAGGUGUCGGUAUUAUCUCCUCUUUAGAGACCAGGAGGCUGAGGCAAUGGGUUAAGUGACUUGUCCCUGGUAACAGUAAGUAUCUGAGGCAGGAUUUAGGCUUAGGAUAUCCUAACUACCUGUCCAGCGCUUUCCAGUGUACCACCUCGUUGCCCAAUACUAAAUCCAACCAUUUACAAAGUACUUUACGCAUGUUACUUUAUCCUUAGAGCAACCUGGGAGGCAGAUGCUCUUA